UAACUUACAAAAGCACAGGACACAGUCUGAAAAACUGCCGCCCGGUGUAGACCGAAAGUGGCAUCCCUCAUGCUACCGGGAUGUGACGAGGCAGUCGAGAUGCCUGCUCUGUCCCUGUGGUGCCCCUCUGCCUUCCUGCACCUGAUGUGGACAGAAACACUUCAAAGCUCACUUGGCUACAAAACCUAGAGGCGUGGUGUGAAACAGAACAAAAGUGGAAUGAAUUAGACUCAGACGACUUAGCCUUCACUCCUUCUACACAAGACACUGCUCUGCUGCUCUCUGGAACAGAUUGUGGCCAUGGAUCUGGAACACAAUCAGUCAACGGAUUACUAUUAUGAGGAAAAUGAAGUAAAUGGCACUCAGGAUUACAGUCAGUAUGAAAUACUCUGUGUAAAAGAGGAGGUCAGAAAUUUUGCCAAGGUAUUCCUGCCCACCUUUUACACAGUGGCCUUUAUUGCUGGAAUUGCAGGGAACUCCACAGUGGUAGCUAUCUAUGCCUACUACAAGAAACAGAAAACCAAGACUGAUGUAUAUAUCAUGAACCUGGCAGUAGCAGAUUUGCUUCUGCUCAUCACCUUGCCAUUUUGGGCAGUGAAUGCAGUGCAUGGAUGGGUGCUAGGGAUACCAAUGUGCAAACUGACUUCAGCUUUGUUCACCAUAAACUUUGUCUCUGGAAUGCAGUUUCUGGCCUGCAUCAGCAUAGACAGAUACUCUGCCAUAACUAAAGACCCGGGUCAUCAAAGACUUGGAAGACCAUGUUGGAUUAUUUGUUUCAGUGUUUGGCUUAUUGCGAUAUUGCUGAGCAUACCUCAACUUGUUUUUAAUACAGUUAAUGACAAGAAGAGAUGCCUGCCUAUAUUCUCCCACUACCUAGGCACAACAAUUCAGGCGUCAAUUCAGAUCCUGGAAAUUUGCAUUGGGUUUGUAUUACCCUUUCUCAUAAUGGGAACUUGCUAUUCUAUAACCGCCAGGAAACUCAUCAAGAUGCCCAAUGUAAAGAAAUCUCGGCCUCUGCAGGUUCUACUGGCAGUGGUGGCUGUCUUCAUUGUCACUCAGCUGCCAUACAACAUAGUCAAGUUCUGGCAAGCCAUAGACAUCAUUUAUUCUCUGAUUAUUGAUUGUGAAAUGAGUAAGCGCAUGGAUGUGGCCAUACAAAUCACAAAAAGCUUGGCGCUUUUUCAUAGUUGUCUCAAUCCAAUCCUAUAUGCUUUUAUGGGCUCCUCUUUUAAAAUGCACAUUACCAAAAUGGUGAAAAAAUAUGGCUACUGGAGAAGACAGAGAUCAAAUCCGGAAGAUAUUCCCUUUGAUUCGGAGGGUCUUACAGAGCCGACAAGUACUUUUAGUAUCUAGCAGCAGGCAGAACGAUCUUUGUUCACUGGGGUGCAGGAUGCUGCUCAAUAUAUUCCAGUAUGGGAGAACACAUACAUACUUAUCAGAGACUCAAAUUUCAGUGUGGGACACUAAGACCUAUGUCUAGACAAGACAGUUUUGUGUUUUAAAGCAAAGCAUAGCAUUAACAUAUAAGCCAAGUUCCUCCUUGUGACAUCCAUAAGUCCAGCAGUACACUAAAUAAAUUAAAACAAUAAUAGCAACUACAAGAGGAAGAAAGGAAGAAAUCCCUACAGAAAACCCAGCAGAGACCCUGUAAAUGAACAAGCAAAGAAAAUUCCUAUGGUAAUAAAAGAGACAUCAUAGAGUAAGAGAAUGCUAAGAGAAAUCUCUAAAUGUAGGGAAUAAUUCUGCAGAGGGCUAGAAUCACAGAAAGGGAAAUAUCACACACAUAACAACCUUAAGAAUUACUGGAAGGCCUAGUAAAAGAAUCAAGGGAAGAAUUAAAGAAUGAAAUUAAAGCUCUCAAUGAAAACCUCAAAAUGAGAAUGGAUGGCUUAGAACUGAAGAUGGAAAAUCUUUGCCAAGCAGGAGAUACCUAGAAAAAGAAAAGAGGGGACAGAGUUCAAACUUUCUAAGAUGUAACAGUUAUAGCAAAGUUAAAAUCUUUUCUGUGAAGUGAGAUCUCUUCAAUUAAAUACAAAAAAAACCUACACAUGUUCUCCAGAAAAGCCCAAGGACACUAACAAAGAGAAAAACUAAGAUACCUUCAUGUAGUCAAUGCAGCAGAAAAGGGGAUUUACUCACUACAUAGAACCAAACAAAUGAACAAACAAAAGCCUUAAGAAAAUGAGAAAGCCAAUAGAAACUUAUCCAGAAACAAAAUCAGGAGUAGCAGGAACACAGUUAAAUAUAAAACACUGAGGUCAGCAAAGGUGGACAUGAGAAGACUGCAAGCACUGAGGGGAAACUAGCCAGAGGACCCAAGUAAAUAAAGGGAAGCCCAGAGCUGGGAAGCCUUAAAACUCUCAUAAUGUCUGACAGCUCUAGUCUUGAAGACCUAGGAAAGGCAAUCAUAUCCUCUCCCAAGGGACCAGAAGAUCUCAUUGCUACAAUGAGGUAUCCACAGCUGGAGUAUAAGCAGUCUAGAAACAUGGUUUAGGAAGGGAACCAGAAAAAGAGGCAAACCUCCUUCUUAGAAGAUUAAUCCACAUAAACCAGACUCUCAGUAUUUGUAGCUACAGACAUUGUCAGCCUUGAAAAUCUCAGCAUUCUGUACAAGGAAGAUGUAGGUAAACUUGAGACCUGUUGGCCCAUGUACAUGAGAUAUGGGUGUGAUCUACAAUAAUUCUACAAAUAAAAAUCAGAUGGCUCACAGUUCCAUCCAAGUAUGUUAGAGCAGUCAGACUCUAACCCUGAUAAAAGUCCUAAUUUAGGAAGGAAAGUUAGAAAUAUAAAUAAACAGAAGAAAAUGUUUACAACAAAAGACAAACACAAAUAAAUAAAACACUUAAGGACAUUCACUUUAUAAGCCUAAUGGAAAAGACUAAUUUUACAAUGCCAACAGAUAGGCAAGAGCCUUGGAUGGAGUUAUGCUUGCCCAUAAGGUCUAUUAGAAUUUCUGGCAGAGAUGAAACAUGAAAUAUACUAUUAUAAAUUAAACUAGAACUUAAGAGGAAAGAAUUGGAAGAUGAAUGAAUAGCUCGGCAAAGAAGACACAAAAUAUUUUUACUUUCUCUUAUUUUUUCAAUUAAAUGUAAAAUAAUAUUAAUGUUUUCUGACAUUUUGUGAUUCAAAUUCUCUCCUUCCCUCCCCUAACUCUGAGAUGCAAAAUCUUAUACCAAUAACAGACCCCUUGGAAAUGAGAAUAGACAGAACAGAAAUAAAGGACUCCAGGAGAAAGAAGAAAUGUUAAAAUAAAGUAUAAAGAAUUUUUAAAGGAGGAAACUUUAAAAUAUUGCCUAUCAAAAACAACUGACCUAGAUAACAAACCAUAGAGUUAAUGACCCAAAAAGUCUAUGUAUUUUAUUUCAAGUAGUGAUACAAGAAAACCACCCAGACCCAUCAAAACCAGAAGUCAAAGUAAAAAUAGAAAGAAUUCGCUAAUCACUUCCUAAAAGAAACCCUAAAAUAAAAAUUCCCAGGAACAUUGUGGACUAAAUUUGGUAGCUACCAUUGUAAAAGGACAGAAAAGUUUUGACUAUGAUAUUUCAAAAACCAAAAGAUAAAGACUUAUAAGAAGAAUAAUUUUCCUGGCAAAACUGAAUAUAAUCCUACAGGCAAAAAUGAUUUUUAAUGAAAUAGAGGAGCAUUCCUUAUGAAAAGAAAAAAAGAUCUCUGAAAACACAGAAAUCAAGACAAACUGAGAAAGGUACUGGAGUAACUGGAAAGGAAUAUACAUUGAAGAAAUGUUUGUAUUAUAAAAGGGAGAGAAAGAAAUAUUUGCUUAGAAUUCUAAUAUCUUCAAAAAAUAAAGAAGAGAGUUAAAUAAGUUAAAUAA